GUCAUUGAGCGUCACAAUCCUCGUGGUCUCGCUAGAAGAGUACCGCCGGCUCCGAGGAGCGGGACCCAGCUGAUCGUCGAAGGCGGCAGGUUGUAGUUUUUGCUUUGUCCCGAGAGGCUUACCAUGAAUUGCCAGGGCUGGAAGAGAUGAAGAGGAUAUGCGGCGGUGACAGGUUAAAUUCCCCAGUUACAUUAUAGAGUUGGAGGUGGGGGACCUUCUCAUUGUUAGAGACCCCUGUCAUGGGAGAUAGGCGGUUCGGCCAGUCCUGCCUAACUUUGUGUUCACUGAUGUUAGGCAUGCUAGGGCUGCAAAGGUGGGCACCCCCACUCAUCUAAGACCUUUCUCCCCUCUUCUCUUUUUCCCCUUUGCCUCUCUUCUUACAUCAUCUGCCACUUAGUCGGCUUUCCUUGUGUGAACUGGAGCCGGAAAACCUUGAGAACUUAUUCUUCGAUCCAGACAUGGCGCAGGAGAAAAUGGAACUAGAUUUCAAGCUGCCGCCGACUUCCACCACCUCGGACAGCAACAUUGUGGGAAGAGUCAGCAGUGCCCCUUUGAUCAAUGGACUUGGUUUUAAUUCACAGGUGUUGCAAGCUGACACAUUAAGAGUUAGGACAAACAGAAAAACGUUUGGGAAUCAACAUUCUCUGUUGUUGCCACCAUCUCCCUUUCGUGGUUCCAUCAGCCGCCUUCAUCAAAUCAAACAGGAAGAAGCCAUGGAUUUAAUAAAUAGAGAAACAAUGUAUGAAUGGAAGAUACAAACUGAAAUACAGAUAAGUCGAUCUUGGGAAGAAAGCUUGAAACUGAGUGACAGCAGCUCGCAGAAAUCAUCCUCUCCAAAGUGCAUUGAUUUAACUCCAGUAUCCUCAAUGGCUUCUUCCAUCAAGAGGACUGGGAAGCAAUUUUUUUCUCCAUCAUUACAAACUUCCGUGAAUUGCACUUGUUCGCCUUCAAGUCCUGCUCCCAGUCCUAUGCAACAAUACAUCAUUCUACUUCCAGCUACUUUUGAUGGAAACAACAGCAACGCUGGAUCCUCAGGUAAUUCGUCAGCUAAAAUUAGCACGGUCACAAACUCUUCUGUGUCACCUUCUUAUACUGGUUCUCAUUUGUUCUAGAAGAGGAACUUUCAACUAAAUGAUUCACCCAUCUCAAGACUUUGAACCAAUGGAGAAACACACACAUCAGGCAAAUCAAGUCAAAGCAACAAGAAUUGUACUGUAACAUAAACUGUCUCCUGUUUGUCUUUUUUCUUCAAUUUCUUAAAAUUCUAUUUAUCUACAGAACUUGCAUGUAUCCAAUGUAAUAAUAUUUUCAAAGAUGUUUUCCAAGUAAGAAUUAUGUUAAGACAGAAGCAUAGAUUGUUAAGCUACUAAUGUCUUGAAAUGCUGUACCUUGACUUUUUAAAAUAAUCUGAAGUAUAAUCCUAAUAAAAUAUAAUUGUUCAAUUAAGAAAGUAAAAUGAUUUUUGACAAUUAUGUACUUACUGGUCCAUGCUAGUCUUUAAUCCUAUUUUCAGUAACUACUAGCUUCCAGUUGGUAAAGAAAAGUCACCUAUCGAAGGCAAUUUUUACAACUAAGUUAGUUAUACCAUACUUAUCCAAGGAUUGCUUAUUUUGCACAUGAAUCUUUAGAUGUUCAAUUUGUUGGGAAGCAGUAGGUAGGAGAAGAGCAAGAUGAAUUAAAGUUAAUUGAAUAGAAAGAAAA